AUGGCGCAGUCGAUAGAUUUCAACGCGUUGAAAGCGCGGACUAUGGGGUCAAGCAACGAUGAGGAGGCUGUCACCGUUGAUACUCGAGGUUUGAUCUCAAAAGUCUUGUCACGAUACUCUGGGAAAUGGACGGUGCUCCGUGAGAUGAUACAGAACGCCGCCGAUGCAUCGGCUACUCGAGUAACGGUCAAGUUCGAGACUCUACCUUCAACCACAGUUCCGCUUCCAAACUCAGCAGAUCAUACUACAACGCUAAAACAUGUUAUUUCUCAUCAUACCCUUCGGAGGCUGAUGAUAUCGAAUAAUGGACACGCCUUUACAGAGAAGGAUUGGGCUCGACUGAAAAGGAUUGCGGACGGCAACCCGGAUGAAACAAAAAUUGGUGCUUUUGGUGUCGGAUUUUACAGUGUUUUUGAUGACUGCGAAGAGCCGUUCGUUUCCUCGGGCAAUGCAGCCAUGGCUUUCUACUGGAAAGGAAACUCACUCUUCACCCGCCGAUUGGAACUGAGCGGAUCAGAUGCCUCCCCAGAUACGACGUUUGUUCUUGAUUAUCGAAAUAACUCCUCGCCUGUUCCUUCAUUACUAGAGCUAGCCAAGUUUCUUGCUACAAGCCUCACAUUCGUCGGUUUAGAAAAUAUUGAUUUGUGGGUAGACGAUUGGAACCUGCUGAAAUUAACCAAGAAAGUUGCGCCAAGCGAGAAAGUUACGAUUCCUCGAGAUAUUGAAACGAAAACCGCCGAGGGCCUCAUGAAAGUCACUAGUGUCACUAGGGAGGUUGCUCAAGUCGACGCUGCAUGGAUGAAAAUAGUUGAAUGGAGUCCUCAAACUACCCUAGCUGCCCGUUUGGAAGGUAUUCGAGACACAACAACUACGCUGCGCUCAUUUUUCUCUAAAUUUACGGGUUCCUCUAUAACUUCCGACAAGGCUCCUACAGAGUCAGUAGAGAGACUAGGAGAUGGAGAGGAUCUCACCCAAAUACAGAAGGCAUCGGUGUUCCUACACAUCAACACUGCUUCUAUUCAGCCGUCAAUAAGUAGUUCUCUCGCUAGCGAACUAGAAAGAGCGACUCGAAAGCCCCCACCGAAGCGGACGACUAUUGCAAUUUUAACACCGUCUUAUUCAACAGAUGACACUUCUAAGAAUUCCAAAAUUCUUUCAUCAGUGUUGCCAUCAAAGUCAGGGCGUAUCUUCAUAGGUUUCCCUACGCAUCAGACUACUGGAUUAAAUGCACAUAUCUCCGCGCCUUCAGUCAUUCCAACGGUUGAAAGGGAGAGCAUUGAUCUCAAUACACGAUACAUAAGCAGGUGGAAUAUAGAAAUGCUUAGAGCAGCAGGUAUUGUUUGUCGGAUCGCUUGGACAGCUGAUAUGUCUUCGAUCAAGAACCGGAUCGCUUUACAGAGUGGCCCAAAGGUCCGCAUGGAUAAUAUCAUGCCCUUCAUUCCCGAAGCGAUUCACACAGCUAAUCAAUUUUCCUUCCGGGAAUCUACACCCUCUGCGACCCUAGGCCAGACUAUAGAAGACUCUUUUUGGAUGUGUAACAAGAAUGCUUCUAUUGAAGUACUUUCCACUUGUGGCGUUUUACCUAGCCAUCACGUCCGAAUUGCGCCAAAAGACCUCAGCUUCAUGGAUGGCAUCCCGUCUCUUCCAGAUGGUUUGGUGGAAAAUUCUAAAGAUUUCAUCAAGAAAUUGAUAGAUAUUGGGCUUGUGACAGAAGUGACAGUCUCAGACAUCAAGCGGGAACUCGAAAACAGUGCUUUGUCCUCUGCCCAAUUAGCGGAGUUUCUCUCUUGGAUUGGAAAGCGUGCUGCCUCUGAUGAGCUCGAUCAGAAAACCACAUUAUCGCUACUCAGUGCUGCGGUGGCCAACGAAGAACGUUCUGAAGGACACCCCGGUCGGUUGUUGACUCUGGCUGGAAUCGAUUGUUAUCUCAACCCCGCACGCAUACCUUCUGACCUGCCUAUACCGCCGUCAGUUAUUCCCUUCAGGUACACGAAGUCGUUGGAGAAACGCGAAUUGGAUGCUAUCGGUUGGAAGGAGCUGCAAAUAGUUCCCUGGCUUCGUUGGCUGGUGGAAAAUGCUGGCAAUCGAGGUGUUUUAUCUGUCGAAAACGAUCUUACCCGCACUGCCUCGUUUGCUGCUCAGAUUCUGCCUGUAUUAUCUAAGCAGUGGGAUACGCUUAGUCAAUCUUCUAAACAGACUGUGAUUGAUAUAUUGCAACCUCAGACCGUCAUACCUGUGAAGAAGGGCAUGAAAAGGCCGGAAGAAGCGUAUUUUCCGUCCGUACGUCUUUUUGAUGACUUGCCAGUGGUCUCUGGUAUUUCAAACGUCAAGGAUAGGUUUUUGGCUGCUCUCGGAGUUCGUAAGACUGUCGAGCUUGGUGUUAUUUUCGAGAGGCUGCUCAACGAGCCUGAUCCGACAGUGUCGAGUGAGAACGUGAAGCCGAAAUGGAGCCACGUUGAUCUAAUCAAGUAUCUCACGUCAGUUCGGGAUGAUAUACCUGCCAAGGACAUAGAGAGGCUCAGAAACGCUAAGAUCUGCCUUGCAGAAAACUCGUCUAGUCGAAAACGAUACAAGAUAUCUGAGCUGUUUGAACCUCAAGAGUCUCAUCGGAAGUUAGGCCUUCUGGUCAUCGAUUGGCCCGGAAAGUUUUUGUCUCACAGCAAAGAAGCGCAAUUCUUGUCAGCUCUGGGCCUGAAGCGUCACCCUUCAGCGAUCGAAGUCAUUGAAAUACUGGCAAACGCAGCGUUGGCUGAAGAUACCGCUCUCCAGGCCAAGUCAAUGUCAUAUUUUAUUACAGAAUAUCACUCAAACAAGUAUAACCAGGUCAACAUGGAACUAGUGACUAUCCCGUUCUUACCGAUUGAGGGAAACAAGAAGUUAAGCGUACCAAAGGACUGUUACACUCAUGAGGGUGCAGCUUUAUUUGGAUUUGAUAUCUUGCGACGCGACCUUCAUCCGCAUUCAAAUAUCUUUGGUGUCCGCGAACAUCCUCCCGUCAUGGAGUGUGUACAAAGCAUUCUUAAGGCUCCACCGAAAACGCCAAGUGAAGCGAAGACUGUAUUUGCUUACAUGGCUGUGAGGAUUCCGGAACUGAAGGGAGCAGAUACAACUCGACUGGGCGACGCUGCUAUCAUCCCCAUACCUAAUGGCUCCACAUCGGAGAAGAGACUUGCCGUGCGUUAUGUUUCUCCUAAGAAUUGUUAUCUUGGCGAGAGUGAAGAUUUCAAAGAUAUCUUUGAUUUUGUCAACUUUGGGCAAAUGGGAAAUCUCUUCUUGCAGGCUGUUGGAUCAAAACAAGAGCCAACAAAGGUUGAGGUUGCUCAAAUGUUGGUCAAAGAACCAGCCAGGAUAUCGUCUAAGUUUCAGAGUCCUGAGAAAUAUUUGAAUCUCCUGAGAAGCCUUGCUGAUAACCUCUCUACAUUGAAACGUCACAAAGACCUUUUCCGUGAGAUGAUGAAAGCGCCUUUUCUGCUAGCAAGCAAGGAGCUUCCUGCAGCAACUUCAAGUGCGGUUGUCAGCAAAGCUACUGCAGACGAGGUUAAUGACAUAUUUGAAGACGAUGAGCAAGGUAUUAGAGAAUGGCGGCUUACAGCAGCGAAGGACGCUGUUAUAGUGGACGACUACCAAAGCUACACAUUGUUCAAAGAGCACAUUUUUGCGGCACCACAAGAGGAAAGUCUCGAAAAGUUCUAUGCGGCGCUUGGGACACCUAUCUUAAGCACGCUUGUCGAAGAGCGUGCCAAUUGGGGGGCUAAAUCCUCUGAUCAAUCUCCAGCAGCUAAGCUACAAAAGAUCAUCAAUGAGCGUACGAGGCUCUUCCUCCAUGAACAUAGCCCAGAAUCCGUCAAGCAUGACACGAAGUGGUUGGAAAAACACCUUAGCAUAGUUGUCGUGCAUUCUAUAUCACUUCGCCGAUCUUUGAAAAACAUGGGUGCGACACACAGUCAAAAACGUCAUGCAAUCAUUACAUCUCAGGGGAGCGAUCGCACCUUGUGGAUUGGUCCUGGAAAAUAUGACUUUUACGAAAUCAGUCAAGCUCUCGUACAUAUUUUGCUCACACGCCCCAAGCUUCAUUCGAUUCUCACACUGGAAAUGUUACUCAAAACUGACCUGUAUGAGCUACGAGCCCGAGGUUACAACGUUGAGCGCAUUCUUAAGAAGAAGCAACAGGAAGCCCGAAUGGCCGAAGACUUGCGUCAGAAAGAAUUAGAAGAAGAGAGACGCCGGGUCCAGGAACGUGAAGCUGAACGGCUCAAACUUCAGAGUCAGCGCGAAUUCGAGGAAAGCAAUUCUCAGCAGCAACAGCAUACGAUGCCUGGAGUCUUUCCAGACUCUCCUUCAAAUCAGCGGCAUGGUGAAGAGGAGCAUACCGGAAUUGAGCAAGAUUUUAACCCACGCGGGUUGUUCUCGAAUUUGAGCAAGCGUUUUGGGCUGGAUGACAAUAAACGGGGACAAAAUCCUUUCCAGUCCUUGUUCAAAAAUCGUGCAACACAGGAAAAUGGCGUAUCCGGGCCAAGUAGCGAAACGUCGUCUCCGCCUCCCUACUCAGAAACAGACCCUAGCGGCCAAAAUCAAGGCACAAGCGCGAAUCCCAACGAACCAAAAUCCGUCACCUCUCCAAACCAACUACACAAUAAUCUCCUCUCUGCAAUUUCUGCGUGUCGGCCGCAUGGUGCAUCCGGUGUCUAUAGCCGUCCUGCCACUAAUCAGGUCAGCGAGACAAAAUCAUACUGUGACGAGCGGCCAAGCCAUGACCUUGAAUAUGUUGCCACUCUACCGUCACGUCUACAUUUUCUAAUCGCGAAGUUAGUCACUGAUAAAUCUACUUUUCUAUCUGAGAACUCGGCAGGUAUUAAUGCAUUUGCCAAAGUACUUGUGGAGUGUGCAAGCGUGUUUUCGGUUAGAUUGGAAAGCAUCAGUAUCUUUUAUGAUCCUGCUGGCAAGACUAUCGCUUUCAACCGUUCCGGUAGUCUUUUCUGCAACUAUCUGUUCUUCAAGCAGCUGCAUGAAGCCCGGAUAUCACAGGAUCCGAUUGGCGGUCGAGCCGAUGCCCUCGUGUAUUGGUGGGUGAUUCUCUGCCACGAAUUGGCACAUAAUUUGGUUGAGGACCAUAGUUCCGAUCACAGUUUCUACACCGAGGGAUUUGUCACUCAGUAUUUCUCGAAAGUUGCAGAGAAGUUACUCACUAACACGCCACAAUCUUCAUGA